AUGGCUUCCACUCCUAUGGACGUUGAUGCUGAGACACCACCAGGUGAUCCACCUCAAUUGAACAUAACAAGGACAUUGGGGGCAAACAUCGCUGCCACUUCACAGGUACAUGAAGUGAUUGCCAACUUCAGACCGACCAAGCUAUUCAAACGAGAUGAUGCCAAAGACAACAAGACUCCUUUUGUCUUGUCUAUUGACUAUGAUGACCCUGGCGAGCUGUGCAUGACCUCUGAGAGCGAUGAGACCAUUCAGAUCUACAAUGUCAGGGAGGGCCGCCACGACAAGACAUUGUUGAGCAAGAAAUACGGUGCCAAGCUGGCCAAAUUCACUCAUGCCAGCUCCAGCAUCAUUUAUGCCAGUACCAAACAAAAUGAUGCUAUACGAUACCUCGCGACGCACGACAACUCCUUCAUCCGCUACUUCGAGGGUCAUCAGGGCUCUGUCACCUGCCUGGCCAUGCACCCCGGUACCGACAACUUCAUAUCCUGCAGUCGCGAUAACACCGUACGCCUUUGGGACAUCAGCACCAAGUUCUGGACGGCCCAGCUCAACCUCCGCACGCCCUGCCUUGCCGCGUACGAUCCAUCAGGAAAGUUAUUCGCCGUCGCGUCAUCGUCUAGCGGUAGCAUCUUGCUGUACGACCACCAGAACCUCGUCAGACCCGUCUCCAUAUUCGAUGUCGUUGAGAAAUGCCACGCCGCGGACACGCACUCCAUCAUGCAGGGCUGGACGAAGCUUGAGUUCUCCAACGACGGGAAGCAUAUCCUCCUUGGUACGAAUGGAAAGGGCCAUUUCCUUCUCGAUGCCUUCACAUGCGAGCUGAAGGCUUUUCUGCGCAAGCCUGAGGGAGGUGUGCGGCGGGCGCCGCCAGGCGAGGUUGCUGACGGGAGAAACGCUCCUGCGGGGACCCCACAGGCACUGGAUACCAGCGGCGAAUGCUGCUUCACCCCGGAUGGCCGGUACGUCCUGAGCGGUUCGCGCAAGGAUGUUUUGAUCUGGGAUGUUCUUUCGAUACCCUCGGAUGGCAGGAAGGAGCUGCACCCGACGCAUGUCCUGGAGGACAAGAAGGAGGCGGCCGUGCUGGCCUACAAUCCACGGUUCAACUUCUUCGCGACGGCGGAUCAACACCUGCAGUUCUGGCUACCAGACCCACAUGUUUGA